AUGGAUGAAGAAUCAGAACAACCACCACCACCUGACGCGAUGUCAUCUCCAGAUGCAAUUCAUUAUUUAGACCCAACUCAAGGAGAGGAAGAAGAAGAAGGCGAUGAUUAUGACUUCGACGAUGUUCCAGACGAUUCAGAAGACAUCCUGACUCCUCAGAACCCUUCCAGAAGACGUCGAGCAUUUAAACCCCCUCUUCCACCAAUGCAGAUCCCUAUUCCCUCUUUACUUUCUACUGUUAUCAAAGAGGAAUCCUCUAUGUCACUUUCUGAAUCCUCGGAGAUGUCAGAAUGUCUUAAUUUGGAAGGGAUGACUACUUCAUCAUUGAUGGGACCGCCAAUGUUGCCUCACAUGCAAGUGCCACGUAUCAGGAAACCGUGGGGAAUCGAUGAAGUGAACGCUUUCUAUGAUGGAAUUAAACUUUUUGGAAAGGACUAUGAUUCGGUCGUGAAGCUGAUGGCAAAACGGAAAUUCUUCAAAUUGAAAGAACAUGUAAAAACAUUUUUCUUCAACUCAGUGAGGGCGUAUCGAGCAAUUUUGCAGUGGACAGACGAUGAUCUACCACAAAUUCCACGCGAUGCUCGUGAGCUAUUUCUGAUAAUCAAUGCAUGUGAAUGGAAGAAGCGAACGGCGAGUAUGAAAGUCACUGCGUCGAAAUUCAAAGAACUUCUUCACGAAGGAGUUGUUAAUGUGAGAGCUGCAAGAAGGGUUGUUACAAUUCGAACACCCCCAUGUCCGGCAUUGUGUAGAUACUUUAGCGUCAAAAAAGCUGACAAAAUCCCAUCGGAAGUCUACGUUCAUCUAGAACCAACCAGCAAUGGAGACCACGUUUUCAUGCGAAAUCGGGAUCAAAACCCGUAUCUUCGUGUGAAACUGAACACAAACGAUCGAAUUAUGAAACUGUUAGAAUUUCUUCACAAAAAAUGGUCAGCAGGAAAUGAACAGUCACCUGUUUCAGUGACUUUAUGGCCAGAUUCGUCUUGUGAAUUGGCGAGUUUAAGUGUGCAAACAGUUGAGAAUUCGCCAUUUAUAUCUCUAUCUAUGAACAAAUUAAUA